AUGAAGCAUUUGGCGGCCAACAUCAUUCCUGUCCUCGUCUUUCUCCUCGUCGCCAUGAAUGCUGCUCAUGUGGAGUCGCGUCGGAGUGGGAUGAUGUACCAGCUGUAUGUGUUCGGAGAUUCGUACGCUGACACCGGCAACGUGCCGAAAUCAAAUCUGAGUCGUGAGUCGCGUCAAUGGUACAAACCCUACGGCAAUCCAAGUCCAAGCGGCCGCUUCUCAAACAGAUUCGUCCAAUCUGAUUUCAUCGCUUCGUGGCUAGGGCAUCAUGAAGCCCCUCAGACUUUCAGGCUCAGAAACAGAAACGACAUCAGGCGGUUUGGCAUGAACUUCGCCGUGGCCGGCUCCGGCGUGCUUGAGGUGCCCGAGAAGGUUGCGACCCUCAGCAAGCAGGUCGACAACUUUGAGGGCCUGAUCAAGGACCGCACCUUCCCGCCUUGGCGCCUCAGGUUCUCCCUCGCGCUCGUCCGUCUCCGGCAACGACUACGCCCGCCUCGCCAACAUGAGCUCCGCCGACGACAUGCAACGGGAAGUGAUGACGAGACUCUGGCUAAGACGACGUUCAAGAACAAGCUGAGGCCGAGCUGCGAGAGCUUUGAUCCCAAGGGCUACUGCGGGCAUGAGGACGAGAAUGGCUCUCCUCAGUACAGCGUCACCGACGACCUAAGCAAGGACAUGUCCAGCAAUUUCUACUGGGAUGAUGUACAUCCCCACCCAUACCGGUUGGUUCGUCGCCAUGAUGCAGCUGGAGGAGGAAGCCAAGGCUUUCCUUGA